CCGGCCGGAGAGUUUCCACGGAGAGUCGAAGCGGUCCUUGAGUUUGGGAUAAAUCACAGUUCCUUUCAAUGAUACUGAAGUUCCUCAGAAGAUUCUGAGGGGCAAGAAGAUGAGUGAGGGACGCAGCCCGUCCAAUGACAAUGGCACCAGUGAGGAUCAUGUCUCAACAGCAUCAGACCUGAAGUCUGGAGACAAUGUCUUGGAAGUGGCUCUGGAAAACACUGACGAUCUCCAAGGACAGUCUGGAGUAAUUGAAGCAUUAUCCUUGGAGAAUCAUAAUCAAGGUAGCAUGGCGGAGGACUUCCGUAGCUCAGGAAGCCGUGGUCUUGAUGGGAAUGUCAUGACUGGGUCCGGUGUGGAUGAAGCUUUAAGUGACGUCUCAAAGGCACAAAGUUCUUUGGAAGAAAGGGUGAAUAGAAUUGAUAAAGUUGUUGAUGAACUGAGUAAAGUCGCAGACUCCAAACCUGCAACAGAAGCAGAAUCGAGCAGCAGAGAUGUGUUUCCCCCAAGUUCAGCACAGGCCUCUGAAACUCACUGGAAAGAUAAGUUAUCCGAUGCAAAGGGAUUCAUCGGUGACAAUAUUUCUCCAUCCACGCACCCAGAAGGCAAGAAAAAAGAUCAAAGCAAAAUGACCACAAUGGACACGCAGACUGUCUGGGUUUCUUUGGACACACCAGGUUCUUCAUUGACAGACCUUCAAAUGGAAGUUCCCGAAGAGUUGAAGUUCCGAUCACUGGGCUUGAAGCCUCUGUCACUGGACGUCACAAUGGAUUCUGAGAGGAUCUAUCCUGGGACCAAUAGACUGAUGCAAUCUCGAGGAAGGUGUGAUACCGGCCCUAAUUGCAAGAGGCUGCAGAGGGUUGUAGAUUCGGCCAGCUCUAUCCUGGGCACAGCCCUCCCCACCAUCGAGGACACCUUCAAGAGGAAAGCAGCCCCCAUCAUUAAGAACCUUCACCGUCCGAGGCAUGCUGUCGGUGUUACUGCCAUCGGGAAGGAGAAUGAAGCGUUUCAAAAGCAGUUCAGAAGUGAGGAGUCUGGUAUUGAGAAUACUGAGGCAAGAAGUGAAGACUCGGAUUUUGAAGUUAAUCCAUCUGAAUCCAGUGAGGGGACAGUGAGUGGAGAUGUGUCCGUUGGACAUCUCAGGGAUUUUCAGGUAGCAAUUGUCAAGUCAUCCAGCUUUGCUACUUGUGAGUUCUGCAAGCAAAUCCGAAUGUCGUUCCCAAACCCCCGUCAGCUGGAGAUGAGCAGUCCAGCAAAGUUCUUCUGUUGCAACAUGAGCUGGGAGCUGUACCAGGAAAUCUUGAACCAGAAGGAGAAUCUGGAUUACGAGGAGUCAGAUUCUGAUCAGGAUGGAUUCUAUCCGACCGAGCUGGAGGUAGAGGAAGCAAUGAUGAAGCUAGCAGCGAGAAUAAAAAAUCCAGAAGUGAGGAUGUACAUGACCCCUGUGAUUCACAGAGAUAAAGUUAUUUUCACUAGCAUAAGGACCAUCUCGUUCAGGCUAUCAUCAGAGCAUUGCAUGAAGCAAGGAUGGACGUUGAAACCUCCCCAGGCCGAGACUGUAACAUUCGAAGAUCUCUCACAGUAUGUUCCCAGUGCAUCAUCCUUCAAGGAGGCUGAGAGACCCCGGGGAAUCAUGGAGAGAUACUAUCCAGAUGGCUCCAAAUUUGUCACCAUGUUCCCAGACGGAACCGGCACCGUUUUCUAUCCCUCAGGUAACAUCGCCAUGGUGAUCUCUGCUCUCCGCUACAAGCAGCUGGUCUACGCCAUCUUUGAAGACCUGGAGUGGAAUGCAAAGAUGCUGGGGGUAUUCUGGUCAACUGGUUAUGGCACUUGUUACCUCCCCAGUGGGCAGAUUUGGAUCAGCAUAACCCCUCGAUGUGGAUUUUACUUCACUGAGCAGGGGCUCCUCAGGAAGCAGUGGCUGUGGCGAGAUUGCCACCACCAUGUUCAUGCACCUCCCUAUAACUCCAUCAGCCUCGAAUUAAACUCGAACAUCGGCGUCCAGGUGGUGUCACGAGACAAGAUUUACGCCACGUUCAAAAUGAGGAAAAGGAGCAUACGAUUCAACGUGGGGGCAAAACUGGUGCUGAGGGAUCUGGAACAGGCUGGCGAGGCGCAGUCAGACGGCACGGAGCCGGAGAGCUACGUCGAUGAAGCGAAACAGAAAAUCCAUGUGCUCACCGACCAGAUGAAGCGGCUCUGAAUGACUUGCACCCUUUACCACCAUCUCACACCACAUCCGUGGAGACAGGAAGAGGGAGCCAAGAUCCCAGCACCCUUACUGUUAAACUAAACAAGUAAACCUCUUCCUAAAAGAGUUUUGCACAGAAACUCGUGGAUAGAUUGUUCUCUUCAGCCUUCCUUGCAAUUGACUGAUGGAUUCAUGCUGUUUGCUUGCAUCAAGUCUGUUUGAAGCAUUUGUUCACUGUGACUUUUGACCAAGGGGGUUUUGGAAUGCAACAGAAGAGCUGACUACAAUUUGAAGUGAAGGGAUGAAAAUAUUUUCGAUUUGGUACUUCUUACAAAUGGUUUUCAAAUUGUGCGAUGGGUUAAGAGUGUAAUCUAGUGCAGAAAAUGUUAAGAUGCACGAGUGCAUCGGAUAAGAGGCUGACAAACUCUAUUCAGUCUGGCUAGAAUUUGAAGUAUAAAAAUAUGAUUUAAUCCACACAGGUGUGAAGUGAUGUGGUCAGAUGAGGCAACACAAGAGAAUAAAUCUUACCAAGAUUGAAUGGCUUCAGAGAGCAUGUUCCAAACACCAAGGGCUGCUCAGUAAGAGAUGCUUUGCAUUCCUAACAAGGCAUAAAGGAGGGAGACUUUGCAAUAGUUAGACCACAGCUAAAGUACUGCAAAAAUCCCUGUCCCGGCUUUACUGGGAAGAUGCACUUGCAGUGAAGAGGUGAUCAGAAGAUGUUGCCUGGCUAGCAAGCUAGGUUUAGAUAGGCUGCAGCUGAUUUCUGUGCUACAGCAGAGGUUGAUUGGAGACUUGAGGGAGUAAGGACAUUUCCCUGAGCAGAGGGGUUUGAAACUAUAUUUAGAGCAGGGGGUCCAUUGGAACUCUUGGUUUAGAGUCACUGGUGGAAGGAGUAGAAUCAAGAUGAGGAAAUACGACUUCAUUCAGAGGCUGUGGGGAUCUGCAACACACUGCCUAAGAGGGAGAGAGAGAAACAGAAUCCUUCAAUCUAUUCAGAGAGUGUUAAGAGUGUGAGCCGGAGAGCUCCAUAUCUGAGACUGGGUAGCUCAUUUCUGACAGGUACAAAUGUUACCUCAUUGUGUGGUAAAUGUUGUAUGAAGGCAGUUUGGAACAGUGUAGGACAAACACAGAGUAUAGAUAACGUACAGAGGUUGAGUGAAGAAGAGAGUUAGGUAGUCAUGUAGUGCAGACCAUUCCAAUGGAGAUAAGGCAUAGCUUGGUUAGUGGUGCUGUUAAAUCAAUGGAAGCCUUGGUUGAGAUCAUUGUUAAUGAUGGGUGAAGGGCCAGAAGACUGGAUGGCAGAUAAUGUUAUGCCUUUACUUAAAAUGAGCUGCAAUGAAAACCCAGGGUACUAUAGUAAGCCUACUGGCUGUGGUAGGUGAGAGGGCAUUCUGCUGGGUAAGAUGUACACUCAGUGGCCACUUUAUUAGGUACACCUGUACACCUGCUCAUUAUAUCUGAUCAGCUAAUCAUGUGACAGCAACUCAGUGCAUAAAAGGAUGCAGAUGUGGUCAAGAGGUUCAGUUGUUGUUCAGACCAAACAUCAGAAUGGGGAAGAAAUGUGAUGCAAAUGACUUUGACUGUGCAAUGUUUGUUGGUGCCAAAUGGGGUGGAUUGAGUAUCUCAGAAACUGCUGGUCUGGGAUUUUUCACACACAACGAUCUAGAAUUUACAGAGAACGGUGCAGGAAACAAAUAAACAUCCAGUGAGUGGCAGUGGGCGAGAAUACCUUGUUAAUGAGAGAGGUCAGAGGAGAAUGGCCAGACUGGUUCAGACUGACAAAGUUAGAUUGCAUGAAAUCCAGGGAGAGCUUCCAACUGGACAACAAUUAGUUUGACGGUAGGGAGCAGAGGGUGGUGAUUUUUGGAGGCCUGUGACAAGUGGUGCUCUCUGGGGGGUUGGUGCUAGCUCCAUUACUGUUUGUUAUCUGUGUCAAUAAUUUGGAUGGGAAUUUACAAAAUAAGGCAAACUUUCAGAAGACACUUAAAAAAGGUGGUGUCCUUGACAGUGGAAAUAGUUAUUGGGAUUUAGAGGAGCCUUGAUCAGCUGGAUAAGUGGGUGAGUGAUGGAAAAUGGAGAACACGGCUCUCUGAAGGUGGGGCCACAGGUAGAAAGAUCUCCUAGCCUUUAUUGGUCAGGGAACUGAGUAUCUAGAAGCUGGGGUGUGUAGCUAUCCAGCACAUUGGUGAGGCCACAUUUGGACUAUUGUGCUCAGUUUCAGUCAAUUUGCUAUAGGAAAAUGCACAGAGAAAGUUUAUAAGGUUGUUUCUGAGACUUUAGGGACUGGUUAAUGGACAGCUGUUGAAUAGGUUGGACAAUUUUCAUGAGCAUUGGGUGCACUUAAUGAGGUGGAUAAGAUCAUGAUGGACGUAGUGAGAGUAAGUGUUCGGCACAGACUAGAAGGGCCGAGAGGGACUGUUUCCGUGCUGUAAUUGUUAUAUGGUUAUAGAUGGAGUCAUUGUGCAAAGUCUUUCCGCCAGGGUUAGGGAAUCCAGAACUGGAGGAUAUAUGCAGGGUGAAAGGGGACAGAUUUAACAGGAACCUCAGUAACAUCAUCUUCACCCACUAGUUCCAGUGGUCUGCUGGAAGUUGAGGAAGGAACAUUAACAAUAUUUAAAAGAUACUUGACUUACUUGGACAGGAAAGAUGGAAUAUGGCGCUAGAUUGGAUGGGAAUCCAGCUGGACCUCAGGGCCUGUUUCUGAACUGUAAGUCUGUUUGGCAUAGAUAAGGGGAAUGACAACAGAGCCUAAAACUUCAGGGCAUAGACUUCAGGGGAAAGAAGAAAGAUUUAAAAGGGAUCUGAGGGGCAAGUUUCCAUAUACAAGAUGGUGGAUAUGUGGUCUGUGCUGCCAGAGAAAAUGGGAGAAGAAGAUACGAUUGCAGUGUUUAAAAGUCAUUUGAAAAAGUAGGGGAAGGGAAAGGUAGACGGCUAUGGACCAAAGAGGGGGAAGUGGGACAAGCUCAAGUAGACAACUUAGUUGAACGAGUUGGGCUGAGGAACCUAUUUCCAUGCUUUAUAACUCGAUGAAUUUAUUAAUCAAAGAGCAUCCUGUCAGAGAAUGGGUCGCUGGAUGGAAUUUAACCGUGCGAGUCAGAAAUUAGCCUCCAAAGAGAUGAAGAGUGUUACAGAUACUCAUUUUGGUUUUAAAAAUGUUCUUUGAAAAUGAUUAUGGAUGCAAGCAAAAUGUACAGUGAGGGCUAGAGUGUGGAUCGUUCGAAGAUAUCCAGAGGGCAGUCAUAGAGUCAUGAAAAACUACAGCACAGAAACAGGCUCUUUGACCCAUCUAGUCCAUGCUGACCCAUUUAAACUGCCUAGUCCCAUCAACCUGCGCCCAGCCCAUAGCCCUCCCCAUCCAUAUACCUAUUCAAACUUCUCUUAAACAUUGAAAUCAAAAUUGCAUCCGGAACUUGUGCUGGCAAUUUGUUCUACACUCUCCCACCCUCUGAGAGAAGUUUCCCCUCAUGUUCCCCUUAAACAUUUCACCUUUCACCCUUAAUCCAUGACCUCUAGUUGUAGUCCCACCAAACCUUGGUGGCCAAACCCUGCUUGCGUUUGCCUUAUCUAUACCCCUCAUAAUUUUGUAUAACUAUCAAUUCUCCCCUCAGUCUUCUACACUCUAGGGAAUAAAGUCCUAACCUAUUCAACCAUUCCCUGUAACUCAGGUCCUCCAGAUCCAGCAGCAUCCUUGUAAAUUUUCUCUGUCCUAUUUCAACCUUUCUUAAAUCCUUCCUGUAGCUAGAUGACCAAAACUACACACAAUAUUCCAAAUUGGGCCCCACCAAUGUCUUUUUCAACUUCAACAUAACAUCCCAACUCCUGUACUCAGUACUUUGAUCUAUGAAGGCCAAUGUGCCAAAAUCUUUCCUUACGACCCUGUCUACCUGUGAUGCUACUUCCAAUUAUUUAUAGACCUGUAUUCCAGAUAGCUUUGUUCUACCACACUCCUCAGUGCUCUAUCAUUCACUGUGUAAGACCUACCCUGGUUCAUCCUACUGAAAUGCAACAAUUGUCUGUAUUAAAUUCGAUCUCCCAUAUUUUCAGCCCAUUUUUCCAACUAGUCCAGAUCCACUGCAAGCUUUGAAAAGCUUCCUCACUGUCCACCACACCACCAAUCUCUGUGUGAUCUGAAAAUUUGCUGAUCUAGUUAUCCACAUUAUCAUCCAGAUCAUUGACUUAGAUCUAACAAACCCAGGACCGACCCCUGUGGCAGUCCACCAGUCACAGGCCUCCAGACAGAGAGAGGCAACCCCCUACUACUGCUCUGGUUUCUCCCACAAAGUCACUGUCUAAUCCACUUUGCCACCUCAUCUUUAAUGCUGACUGACUGAACCUUCUUAACCACCCUCCCAUGCGGGACCUGUCAAAUUCCUUGCUAAGGUCCAUGUAGACAACAUCCACUGCCUUGCCUUCAUCAACUUUCCAUGUAACUUCCUUGAACAACUCUACAAGAUUGAUUAGACAUGACCUACCAUGCACAAAGCCAUGCUGACUAUCUCUAAUCAGUCCCUGUCUUUUCAAAUACUCAUAUAUUCGGUCCCUUAGAAUAACUUUCCCAUUACUGAUGUCAGUCUCACCAGCUUCUAAGUUCCUGGUUUAUUCUUAGAGCCUUUCUUGAACAACAAAACAACAUUAGCUGUCCUCCAGUACCUCACCUGUUGCAGAGGGAAUACCUUGUCAGGCCUUGGGAAUUGGUCCACUCUAAUUUGCCUCUAGACACCAAACCCCUCCUCCUCUGUAAUCUACAUAGUCCAUGACCUCACUGCUGUUUUGCUUCACUUCCAUAGACUCUGUGUCCAUCUCCCAAGUAAAUACAGAUACAAAGACUCCACUUAAGAUCUCCUCCAUCCCUUUUGGUUCCACACACAGAUUACCGAUCUGGUCUUCCAGGGGCCAAUUUUGUCCCUUGCAAUCCUUUUGCUCUUAACUCAUCUGUAGAAGCCUAUUUAGGAUUCUCCUUCACCUUGUCUGCUAGAACAACCUCAUGCCUUCUCUUAUCCCUCCAGAUUUCUUAAGGGCUCUCUUGCAUUUCUUAUUCUCCUCAAGUACCUCAUUUGUUCCUACCUCCCUUUACCUGCUCUGCGCCUCCUUUUUUUUAAACCUUGGUCUCAAUAUCUCAAAAAUCAAGGUUCCCUAAACCUUUUGUCCUUGUCUGUUGUUCUGGCAGGCAUACACAAACUUUGUACUCUCAAAAUUUCACUUUCACUCCUCUCACUUACCAAGUAUAUCUUUGCCAGGACGGUGCUGUCCACACUUGCCAGAUCCUUUGUGACACCAUCAAAUUUGGCCUUUUUCCCAUGUAAUUUCAUUCUUCUCUGUAUCUACUUUGAAACUAAUGGGACUAUGAUCACUGGAUGCAGAGUAUUCCUGUCACCUGCCCUGUCUCAGUCUCGAAAGGCAGAUCCAGUAUCGCACACUCUCUUGUUGGGACUUCUACGUAUUGAUUAAACAAACUUUCCAUAACACGUUUGACAAACUCUGUCCCAUCUGGUCCUUUUACAGUAUGGGAGUCCCAGUCAACUUGUGGAAAGUUAAAAUCACAAAGCUACCAUUCACAACCUUAUGUUUCAUGCAACAGUCUUCGAUUGCUCCUCAAAUCUUUUCCUCGAAAUGCUGCAGUCUGUUGGGUGGUCUGUAAUAUAGCCCCAUUAACAUAGUCAUACCUGUCUUAUUCCUCAGUUCCACCCAUAAAGCCUCACUCCAAUCCAUCCCGACUGAGCACUGCUGUGACAUUUUCCCUGACUAGUUAUGCCACCCCUCCCACUCUGUCAGGUCUAAAACAAGGAACCCCAGCAUAUCGAGUUGCCAGUCCUGCCCCUCCUGCAACCAGGUCUCACUAAUGACUACAACAUUACAAUUCCAGAUGUUGAUCCAUGCCCUAAGCUCAUCUGCCUUUCCUACGAUACUUCUUGCAUUGAAAUAUAUGCAACUCUCUGUUCUGGCACUCCGUUUCCCAUCCCCUUGCAACUCUAGUUUAACCUCCCCCACAGUAUUAGCAAACCUUCCCGCUAGCAUAUUGUUCCUCUUGCAGUUUAGCUGCAAACAGUCUCUCCUGUACAGGUCCCAAGGAUCCAAAACUCUGAAGGUAUCUGUGACACAGCUGGCAAUCCUGAGAUCCUGUCCUCAAACUGAGCACCUAACUCCCUGUUACUUUGCAGGACUGUGUCAUCAGAACCAUGUGGACCAUAUCUUCCGGCUGCUCACCCUCCCACUUACAUCUCAAUAGCAUCCACAGAACCCCCCUUCUGUUCCUCUAACUCACGAAUCCCCUAUCAGCAGAGCUUCCCUUCUCAGUCAGUGCCAGAGACCUUACCACUGUGACUUUCCUCUGCUGGGUCACCCCACCCCUGACAGUAUCCAAGGGGAUAUACCUGUUGUUGAGGGGGGUCACAGGGGGACUCUGCACUGGCUGUUAUAUCCAUUUCAUUCUCCUGACUCAUCUUGUUUCCUGUGUCCUGUACUUAGUGUGUUACCACCUCUCUAUAUGUCCUCUAUUAACCCCUCAGCCUCCCAAAUGAUCUGGAAUUCAUCCGUUUCCAGCCCCAACUCCUGAAUGCGGAGUGUUAGAAGCUGCAGCUGGAUGCACUGGAGGUCUCCCUGCCUUUCCACGUCCCACAAGAGAAGCAUUCAACGACCCCUACUGGUCUAACCGUGCAAUUAUAAAGAAGGAAACAAUCUGAAAAAAAUCUGGCUAGAGCUUUCCCCGCUCUCACUGAAGCCUCAAAGCUAAAGCUUCAAAUCCCCACUAUAACACUGUCCACUCCACUUGCCCCUGCUUUGUUUUGAUUUGCCCUUGCUAAUGACUCCUGAUCUCUGAUUGGCCGCUGUCUAAACACAAACUCCCACAAAGCACUGUUUUUUCAUAGUGAGUGAUAGAAUGCACUGUAUCAGACCAUAAUAAAAAGGCCAUUUGGCCCAUCAAGUGUGAUCCACCAUUUCAUCAUGGCUGAUCCAUUUUUCCUGUCAGAAUCAGUCUCCUGCUUUCCCAUCUUAUCCCUUCAUGCCCUGACCAGUCAAGAAUUUAUCAACCUCCAUUCUGUGUCCUCUGGUCUUAGACGUUACCACCAUGAGAAGCAUAAAAAUCUUUUCUUUGUACUUUUGUCAGUUAAAUAAAGGUUCACGUGAAUUAACAUAUCACAGAUUUUUGUUUUUUAUUGCAUUUUGGAAAAUAUCCCAACUUUUCUGGAAAUGGGGUUUGUAGAAUUAUGAUCACUAUCACCAAAAUGCUCUUCCACUGAGAGAUCUGACACCUGACCAGAUUCAUUUCCCAAUACCAGAUCAAGUACAGCCUCUCCUCUUGUAGGUUUAUCUAUAUAUUGUGUCAAGAAAUCUUCCUGAACAUACCUAACAAACUCCAGCUCAUCUAAACCUCUCACUCUAGGGAGAUGCCAACAAUAUUGGGGAAAUUAAAAUCUCAUUAAAGCAACUUUUAAACUAGAUCAUGGGUUGACAAUGCAAUCCUUUAAUUUUCAGACUGUAUCAACUCAAGUGCACAAUUUACAUCAUCUGCUUUCUUCACAAAGAUAAUGUACUCCGACAGGAUCUUUGUGAGGAUCUCUGACUGGAGUAGGAACAAUACCCUGGGGGUCACGGCACACCCCCAUCCCAACAGCUCACAGUGAAAACUGACUGCACAGGACUAAUGGUGUAAGGAACAGACUGGACAAUAGACAGGCAAUCACAAAAGGAGGUUGUGUCAAUUGGUUGACAUUGGCAUUCUGUAUUACCAAAUGGGGCUUUGGGGACAAACUUGGGCAAUUUUGCAAAGGAACUACUCAGAGGUCCCAUCAGCCUGUAGAUGGGGUGAGAUGCAUCUGGAAUCAGUGGUGGAGUUAUUACACAGGAACUGAAGAGUUAAAAGCGGUGCAAGAUUUUCAGACACAAAAGCUGGCAUUUAUUCCAAUGUGCAACUUAUUUCCUUAUAAUACAAUAUCAUAAUACUUUUGUAGAACAUUGUGUUAUCUUAUACUGCAUUAUUUGUAGCAUUUUAACUCAUAGUUUCAAUAAAGUUUUCAAGAACUCAGCAAUAUAUUGCUCAGAAUCUGCCUGGCUUUACCUCGCCCAUGGAAAUGGAGCCAGGCGCAGAUCAGCCUCUGUGUGAACCACCUAAACAAGAAUACAUAUUAUAUUUGGCCCAUUCCGAUGAUCAGAGCCCCUCAAGCAGAGCUGCUGCUAAUUUUAUUUGACCUCAAUCUGUUUAACCUCCCCCUAAAAUUUGCCCAACUGUCUCGUAAAGGAUGCCUGUCUUUUAUUCUCUCCUGCUUUCCCCAGACUCCAUAGUUAAAACCUUUCACAUCUCAGGAAUUUUCCAUUUCAGAUGAAGUAUUUCUAAGAACGUUGUGUGUGUUACUCUGGAUUUCCAGCAUCACCUUCUCCCUUCCUUCCCAGUCAGGAAGAAGGGCCUCAGCCCAAAAUGUUGAUUUUUUAAAUUCAUAACCGUAAAUGCUGCCCGACCUCCAACAUUUGGUGUGUGUUGCUGCAGUUCUAAAUGUAGUUUACUUGUUGGAGUUUUCAUUUGUUAUCCUGGGCUCACUGCUAAACGGAUUAUCCAUUUGUACUAUCAGAUGGACCACUCAAGGAGUCAAAAAGUGCACAGAAGAAUCACAUAAGUUCCUGCAGCUGUCUGAAAGGAGUUUGCACUCUCUCUGUGACCAUGUGGGUUUCCUCCGGGUGCUCUAAUUUUCCUCCCACAGUCCAAAGAGGAGCCAGUUGGUAGAUUAAUUGGUCAUUGUAAAUUGUCCCGUGGUUAGGCCAGGAUUAAAUUGGCCAACAUGGCACAGAGGGACAGAAGGCCUACUCUGUUCUGUAUGUCAAUAAAUAAAAAGACUAAAGCCAAAUUACCCAUAGGGACAGAAAAACAUUUCAAACAAUGGGAGCUUACUGUGAUAAUUGCUGAAUGAAUCAGGCACAUUUGCAUGGAACACUGAAUGAUUCAGAUUAUUGUCAUUUAGAAACCACAAAUGCAAUGCAGUUAAAAAAUGAGACAACGUUCCCCCAGAAUGAUAUCACAAAAGCAUAUGACAAAACAGACUACACCAGAAAAUCCACGUAACGUUUGGUAAUCCCCAAUCCAGAGUCCGGAGAGGCUGCUGCGUAUUAAUAUUGUGCUACCGUCUAGCGUGUUCCCCGGAAAGGAGCUCCAAAUCCACCAGACCAAAAACUAAAGCUACAAGACCUGCACAAAACCACAUAAUUACAACAUAUAGUUACAACAGUGCAAACAAUAGCAUAAUAGAUAAAAAAAAACAGACUAUGGGCAAAGAUAGUCCAAGAUGUUAAAGGACUGUAAGUUCAAAAGAGAUCACCACGGUUCCCACAAGUCCCCAGGGUCCCAACAGACUCGCCAUCCCACGCUGGCAGCAGAAGGGAAUACCCCUGCUAUGGACUUCCAAGGUGCCGCCCGACUCAGCCUCGUAGACGUAGCACACAAUGGAAGUUACAUCGAAACCAGCCUUGCAGACGCAGCACACACCAAAAGCGACCCGAGUCCAUCGAACCUCCGAGCCGACGACCAUCCCCUCCGGCACAGCUUCUCCGAGCAUCAUCCUCUGCCGAGCGUAUUAAGACGGCCCCACCAACAGCCAUCAGCAACGUGACCCCGAGGACUGGAGGCCUGUUCUUCCCAGCAGAGUCCCGGACCUCACAGCAGCAGCAGCAAUGAAGAAAGUCUUCCUGGAAUUUCCCGAUGUUCUUCCUUGCUCCCACGACCGUUUUCAAUUGAUUAUGAUUUGCGCACAGCACCCCACUUCACAAAUAACAGAUAAUCAGUUCCGGAGUGGCCACUGCCAGCUGCGUCUCGCUGCCAUCUUGGAUCAAAAAUGAGACCAUCUACAGGCAAAAUAAACCAGUAUUUGUAAAGAGACAGGUUUAAUUGUUUUACUUUGGUAACCUGUUAGUGUUCUUUGUGCUUUAUUGCCCACAAUAAUCCCUGAUUCAACUACAAUAUAUCCACUAUUUCAUUGCCACUACAUCCCUCUUAUUCAGUACAAUUAGCACUGAUACACACCCACCCACCCCCACAUGUUGGCGAACCAUUACUUCUGGUGAACUUGGGAGCACAAUCACCCAGAUUAGGUUAUUAUUUGUGAAAGAAGGCUCCAAGUCAAGGGUGUACAGCGCAAGCCCACAAUCAAGCAUACUUUCUUCAGCCAAUGAUUAAUGUGUCAAGGCCAACCUGGAUGGGAGAGGCAGUCUCCUGGAGCAAAUAGCUUUCACCACAUUGCAUCCAGAUAUAAUCGUCUGGUCUGACACCAGUAGAGAAGUGAUUAUUGGUGAACUCACAGUCCCCUGGGAAGACAACAUCGAUGAAGCCCAUGAGCGCAAGUUAACCAAGUAUGUAGAAUUAAGAUUAGAGUGCAGAGACAGAGGGUGGA